GCGAGACUUUACAAACUCACGUUCCUCCCGUCAGCAAACAAUCAUGGCGGACUACCGAGAGGCGCCCUUGGCCACUCGGCCAAAAACACUGGAUCCAAAUGAAUAUUUCAACCUUUCUCCAGAGCAGAGACGUUUAGAAGAGUCUAGGAUGGCUCUGCGUGCCAACCUGAAGAGGCAGUAUCAGAUAGAGCUGAAUAACCCGCACAGAAAAGAGCUGAUCGAAGACCCUGCCCUGACACGGUGGGUGUAUGCACGAGCCAACCCUUACCCUAAUUUCAGAGUUACGAAGAAGACUUCUCUGCUUGGUGCCAUAUGUGGAGUGGUGCCUCUCUUUGUUAUGUACUACGUCUUCAAAACAGAUCGGGAUAAUAAGGAGGCGAAGAUCAAGGCUGGAACGCUCAAGCGCAAGUUCAGUUUGUUGUCAUGAGCACAUGUGUAAAAAGACCCUCUAGAGAUGCUCUCCUUGUGUGUAAUUAUCAUUAACCAAAUUAAAUCAUAUUGUCAAAGA